CAUCAGAGGACGUCUUGAAUGUUGUUAUAGCCUUCUGUAACACCAGGUGAGGAGGCUCUUACACACCACUUGUGUUUUGGCCACAAUGACCUCUAGACACUGGGAUCCGUCUUUUGAAUAUUGCUCCUUAAGUGCAAUGACUCCUGAGUCCCUUACUCAUUCUUAUCUCAUAAUUUACAGCAAUGUAAGGAUAGCUUUUUUUUGCAUCUCUAACUCCCAUUAUAUUUGUGCUCUUUUGUUCUGUCAUCACCUAUGCCAAACAAUCUUGGCCCACUUUUGUAAUAUCUCAGUCUGUCACCAUUGUAAUGUACAGCCUUAUCUCUCACUGGGGGUGGCACCCCACAGGCACUCGACAGGGGCUGGGCGUCUCGGAGGGGAUGUGGGAGGGGAGGACCUCUACGCCCAGGAAGGGGAGGAGGCUGCUCGCUGGACUGCUUUCAUAGACACCUUCUGCAAGAGGACCAGGGCGUGGGCGGCUACCAAGGAAGCGCUCGAGCAGUAUAGGAAUGUGCUUACAGGACGCCUCGACGAAAUGAAGAAGGUGGAACGGUUGCGGAGGGAGAAUGCAGAGCUCAAGUUUCUGCUGCAGGGCGUCGUCAGCGAGCUGUGAGUUGCUGCAUGGUGUUGAAACACACAAUGACCUCUUGCAGCCUUUUGUCAAGCUGUUAUCUGCUUCAAGAAGUCUCCUGCAAGCUGUGUCCCGCUUACAACAACAACAAUAAUAAUAACAAUUCAUUGUGUCGGGGGGACAGGAAGCCAGAGUGUAUUCAUACAUGUUAGGCUUUUAUCGAGGUCCCCCCCCCACCAUUCAAGGUCGAAUUACUGACC